AGAUAGUUUGAAACUGAAUCUAAAACCUCACAAUCCUACGUAAAUGGUUCAAUGCUCUCAAUUUGGGGGCAAUAUCCACUAAUAAAAAAGAAAUGGAGGGUUGUAGGUUCAAGUCAACUAUAUACUAACAACUCAGCUAAGAGAGGACCAUCAAAACUUGAGAGCAAACGACAAAAUUGGAUUACCUCCAAUAUACUAAUAGACUCAAUCAAAGUAAUAUGACGCAAAAUUAGACAGUCCUUAUCUAUCAGUUCCAACAGGCUGAAUAAAGAAUCGACCUACUUCAUUAAAUCAAUCAAUAAUUACUCGUUUUAAGAUAGAAAUAGGUUGUGGUAGCUGCAAAAACCAUAAACCUAAUGAUCCAAUAGCCACCACUCUCCAUUGAAUAACCAAAUUUUUAUCUACUCUAUCUUCAAUCUCAAGAAGCAUAUGUUUCAACCAAACAUUCACUUUCUAAUCCUCCUUCUGCAACUCCAUUUCUGCUACUUUGAUGGACCUUCUCUCUGCGGCCCUUAAUUUCUCUUCCAAUUGGGGUUCUUGUCAACUCGCUCUUCAACUCCUCAAUCCCCUUCCUGUGUUUUGCCAACUCAUCUUCCUCAGGGGCAGUUCUAAUAAGUUCGCUAAAACCAAAACGCAUCUCCAAUUCCAUAAAUAUGCUCAUCUCCCCCCUUGCAUGCCUUCACCUGCUUCAGCACACUUCCAUGUCCUUCAAUAUCCUCUCCAUUUUUAUCAAUAUCCUCAUCAUCUCUCACUUCUCUUUCUUCAACUGCUCCAGUUUUGCUUCCUCGUCUUUCAACACCCUCCUCAAUUCGAUCACUACCCUCAGUAACUCCCUCUUCUCUGCCUUAACCUGCUACAGUUGAAUUUUUCUUCCCACCACCACUCUCAUUCUCAAACUCAAUCCUAACUCUUCUACUCCAAGUUCAACACCCCAAACUCCUAGACUGUUGCAUGAAAGCUCAAUUUCUAACUAAUUCUAAAACAAUAUCAAAAUUUGAUUAGUGAGUUGGACCAUAAGAAUAAAAAUUAAUGAGGAAAAUUAUGGUUGCGGAGAACAUUAGUUAUCACAAAAUCAAAUAUGAGUGAAAAUAUUGUUGUUGGGAGUGUUACUAAAUACUCCACGCGCGGACUAAAUAAGGGUGCGCUCAAUCGGUAACAUGCUCCGGACGGACGCCACUACGAAGUAUUUAAAGGCAUGAAACUCCCCAUUGAAGGGGGACCUUUCUCUCUCUCCUCACUUUCCACUUUCUACUAUCUCUCUACACUUUAUCUCUCUAUCUAUUCUCUCAACUCUCUCCACAAACAUACACUAACUUGAGCGUCGGAGCUUAAUCCGGGGGGCAACCCCGACUCUUUCAUAGGUUUCUUCCCUCCCGACGAGAUCAGACGAACGGAUGACGAGUCAACCAACACAACAAAUAUCAUUGUUCAUGCCUCGAGCUAGUAGGUUCAAACAAUUGGCGCCCACCGUGGGGCAACUCAUCAAUUUCGUUCAUCUGAUUUCCGAGGGAUAGAGGACGCAAAAACAAAGGAGGCUGCUGCAUUGGUAAGAACAUUUUCUCCAAGAAACAGAAAAGUUGCCCUCCUUCUAGCGCCAUGCUCCAUCCAAAUUUCGGUCGCUAGAAUUUUGACGAUUAAAAGCAGAAGUCGGCUGUCCCGUCGAGAAUAGUCACAUCAUCCUCAUACAGCUUUUCCCAAAAAAAAAAUACAAGGGUUACCACUACUUUCUCCUUGUGUCAGAAAAAGAAAGGCACAAGCAUCGAUGCAAAGUAAUAGGCAAGUGGAUGGCAGGCUGGAAAGUGGAUGAAAAAAAAAAAGGUCUGCUACAGCCCGCCGCGACGAGCAAUUUUUCUGCUUCUUGGUGUUCCCUGUGCUUCACCCAAUCCCGCUUCCACCCUCAGCCCGCGCGGCCCAACCAAGUCGCGGCCCGAGCCGCGCACUGCACCAGCCCGUGUCACCAAGCGCGACCCACCAGCUCGCGCGACCCAACCAAGUCGCGGCCCGCGCCGCGCACUCCACCAGCCCGCGUCACCAAGCAAGUCGCGGCCCGCGCAGCAUCCAUCAGAUCAAAGCCCUUUUCAAAAAAUCUCGUCGGCACGAGGACUCGAACCCGCGCCACUCCUGCAACAGGCAAGCAUCAUUACCAGCAGGCUAUAAGCGAGCCUUGUGCUUCAAUGGUGCAACGCCUGCAUUUAAACUACUUCGCGCGGCCCACCAGCUCGCGCGGCCCAACCAAGUCGUGGCCCGCGCCGCGCACUCCACCAGCCCGCGUCACCAGGCGCGACCCACCAGCACGCGCGGCCCAACCAAGUAGCGGCCCGCGCCGCGCACUGCACCAGCCCGUGUCACCAAGCGCGACCCACCAGCCCGCGUGGCCCAACCAAGUCGCGGCCCGCGCAGCAUCCAUCAGAUCAGAGCACUUUUCAAAAAAUCUCAUUGGCACUAGGAUUCGAACCCGCGCCACUCCUCCGACAGGCAAGCAUCAUUACCAGCAAGCUACAAGCGAGCCUUAUGCUUCAAUGGUGCAACGCCUGCAUUUAAACUACUUCGCCGCGCCACCCUACAGCCCAUGCUUGCGACCCACAUCACCGCCUGUCCACCUCGCGCGUCAUGCGGCCCAACUCGCGCCCCGCAUCCAAGACGCGCCACAUCAAAAAUAUUAUUGUCGCCACGAGGACUUGAACCCGCGCCAUCACUCCAUCUCACAAGAGCUACUGCCAGUAGGCUACAUACAAGCCUUCUGCUUCAAUGGCGCAACGUCUGCCUUUUAACAACUCUUCGCGCCGCUUCGCACAAGUCAACCUCCGCCUGACCUCCAGUCCUCCACUCCGCGUCAGUCCCAACUCGCGGCCCGUCCGACUCAUCCGCGUCACAUUAAGCCCGCAACAAGCGCACGGCCCAACUCUCGCCCCGCAUUCAACAGGGGCCCCAUCAAAAAUAAUAUCAUCACCGCGAGGGUUCGAACCCGCGUCACUCCUCCGCGUGACAAGCAACAAUACCAGUAGGCUACAUACACGCCUUGUGUUUCAAUGGCGCAGCAUCUGCCUUUUAACAACUCUUCGCGCCGCUUCGCCAAUAGAAAGCUAAGUACUCU